GGCCGGGCCGCAGCCUCCCCGAACCCCGAGCCGGGCAUGGAGCCCGAGUGCCGGGUGCUGUCCAUCCAGAGCCACGUGGUCCGCGGCUACGUGGGCAACCGGGCGGCCACGUUCCCGCUGCAGGUUUUGGGGUUCGAGAUUGAUGCCGUGAACUCUGUCCAGUUUUCCAACCACACAGGGUACCCACACUGGAAGGGGCAGGUCCUGAACUCAGGGGAGCUGCAGGAGCUAUACCAGGGGCUGCGGCUUAACCAGGUGAACAAAUACGACUAUGUGCUGACAGGCUACACGCGGGACAAGUCCUUCCUGUCCACGGUGGUGGACAUCGUGCGUGAGCUGAAGCAGCAGAACCCGCGGCUGGUCUACGUGUGUGACCCAGUGAUGGGAGACAAGUGGGACGGCGAGGGCUCCAUGUAUGUGCCCGAGGACCUGCUGCCAGUCUACAGGGACAAGGUGGUGCCCGUGGCAGACAUCAUCACCCCCAACCAGUUUGAGGCUGAGCUGCUGAGUGGCAGGAAGAUCCACAAUCAGGAAGAGGCUCUCGAGGUGAUGGACAUGCUGCACUCCAUGGGCCCCGACACUGUGGUCAUCACCAGCUCCGACCUGCCCUCUCCACGGGGCAGCGACUACCUAACAGCGCUGGGCAGCCAGAGGAUCCGGAACCCCGAUGGCUCUGUGGUGACCGAGCGGAUCCGCAUGGACAUGCACAGGGUGGAUGCGGUCUUCGUGGGCACCGGGGACCUCUUUGCCGCCAUGCUGUUGGCCUGGACGCACAAGCACCCCAAUAAUCUCAAGGUAGCCUGCGAGAAGACCCUGUCAGCCAUGCACCAUGUCCUGCAGCGAACCAUCCGGUGUGCCCAAGCCCAGGCCGGACAGGGGAAGAAGCCGAGCCCCGCGCAGCUGGAGCUCAGGAUGGUCCAGAGCAAGCGCGACAUCGAGAGCCCUGAGAUCGUGGUACAAGCCGCUGUGCUGUGAGCCCCCACCCGCUGCGGUGUCCCCAUGUGUGUCCCGUGCAACUGUGAUGUCCGCCUCGGAGCCGUGACGAAAUGUGACCCUCCUCCUGCUGUGCUGUGGUGCCCACUGCCACUGAGCCCCGAGCUGUCCUGCUUUCUCCACCAGCCAGUAGCCCCGGACCUGUCUGACCGUGCUCGCCCACUUGCCAGGCCUGCGGGUGGUGGACCAUCCGAGUGGGCAGGGUCUGGGGCUUGAGUCUGCUGGAACUGUCUCUCCCGAGACAUCUUGCCAGGAGUU